CACAUCACUACGUAGGGGUAUAAAUACGCGCGCGGAAAGGAAAUCUGUCAGUCAGAUGCGUCGAGGAUGAAAGCUUAAAACACCUCGCCUUAACGAGCAAGUGUUGAAAUGAGUAUCGACGGAGCCAUGAGUACGUUUGGCCUGCCACCGUUCGACAUUGGCCAAGACUUUAGUAUUCCGCCUCAUCUGCGCCACAACCCGGAAAAUUUUAACCCUCGUUUUCCCAACGCGCGUUUUCACAACGGCAUCUCGAACAUUUUCAGAGCGGGGGAUUUCGCGAGCAGAAGUGUCAGCGAGGAUGGUGGCCGGCACAUGAACAUGAGCAAUGGAAUAGAAGGCAUUUCCGAGAUGGACGAGACCGAGCUGCCCAUUUCUGCCGCAAUGAAUGAACAUUAUUUAACUUCAACGACGCUUGGUUGCACACAACAACAACACAGUGCUUUGCAUUCUACGGUCCCUCCACUACAGUCCGCUAAUUUUUUCUCCGACACUGUGACGUCCGAAGCGGACUCUUAUCCAAAAGAUAUGCCGUUCCCGAGCCCCAUGGAUUUCAGUAUAAAGAACGAGCCUGAGCCUCGAUUUCACCUGAAUCCAACUUCUGCUAUCUCAAGCAUAUCGAGUGCGCUUCAACCGGCUAAACCAAACAUUAUGCGGUCGAUUUAUGGCCCCAACUUAAAUCCUUCGUUCCCCGAUCCAGCCGCCCAAUCGAUGUACACUUACAUCCAUCAAACACCGGUAAGUGACGAGUCAAAAGCACCGCAGUUUUACCGACCGUUUCCCGGCUUCCCGCCGUUUGAUCCACCAGAGUCCAUUCAAGAUAAUCACGGCUUUUCAAAGUCAGAAGACAGCAGAAUAUUUCCCCCGGUUCCCAGCAGCCACAGACCUCAAAUUAUCGAGCGACAAAAGAGCCAAGUUCCCAACCGAGCGGACGCCCACGACGUCGAAGAUGUUGACGACGCUAACCGCUGUAAAAAUACCGUUGAAGGCACCAAAACAUCCGUGAGAAGACUAAAGAAAUGGUACAAAGACAAGUAUGGCAAAUCUAUUGACAUGAACACAGUUACCCGUCAAAUGGCCAUGGAAAUGUUGAAAGACUUCUUUCUCGAGAUUCGCGACACACGGCCAGGCAAAGAAGGAAACGAAUACGAACCUGUGACGCUCACCACAUAUAGAAAUGGACUGAGAAGAUAUUUUCUCGAAAGAAAAUGUCCUCCAGCCGUAGAGAAUUUCGAUUUGGCUGACAGAGAAUUCGACGUGGUUAACUACGGGCUAGUGUCAAAGAGAAACGAGUUGAAGCGCAAAGGGAAAGGAAACCACCCUAACGUCGUGGAAAGCAUCACUGAAGAGCAGUUAGAGAGAAUGUGGGCUUCUGGAGCCAUCGGAGUGCACGCACCGCGACCGUUGCUGCGUCUCCAGUGGUGGAUUAACACAGUCAGCCAUGGGAUUAGAGGACGCAUGGCCCACCACGACCUGAGCAUCGAUGACUUUCGCAUUUCCCGCGGCCCCGACGGCAAGAUCAUCAUCGACCACAUGAAAGCUGGUUCGAACAAAAGGCCACGAGCGGACGACGAGAAAGACAACCCUAGAAGCAAAAAGAAGUGUAAGGCUCGAGUAGCGGCCACCGAUGGAAGCGAACGAGACCCCGUGCGUGCAUUCGAGGUGUACCUUCGCCACCGUCCACCUGGUAUAUCGUCGUUUUACCUCACCCCCAAGCACAAGCCUAAGGGAGAUAUCUGGUUCAACAAGGUACCAAUGGGCAAGAAUUCCAUCGGCAGAAUUAUGAGAGAGAUCAAGGCAAUCGCAGGGAUAGGAUAACGCGGAACACUUUCACGGAAUACAGUCUCGCUGGCUGAGAAAGAGACUUAUUUAAGAGAAACAUUACCUGCUGCUUUAAAUGCAGCGCUAGGAACAUUUCAUCUGCAAAGAAAAGACCGUAACAAAGGUCGAUAACCUCGCCACAAAGAAUAGAGACUGGCAGAGAGAUGGUUUCAAACCAUUUACCGCAAAUCGAAGAACUGAUAGAUUAGUAAGUAAACGAAACAAAUGCUUCUGUUCGUUAAAAAGAAAAAUCUUUAAAGUUUUAUAUUACGAAGAUGUGAAAAUGUUUUAUGCUAUUAAGAGUAAAAGAAUUGGCUAUUUGCAAUAUAUAUAAGGACGUUUUUGGUACAUCAUCGGGAAAAAGAAUAUUCAGUAAUGUUUAUGAAAUGAAGGGGACUCAAACAGUUCUCAUUGGUAUUUCAACUUGUCUGCAAGCAUUUAAAACAUAUAAUAUAUAAAUAUAUCUCAGUUGUAAACAGUUAAUGCUUGCUUUAGUUUACUUUCUAUCGCAUUUGAUCUUCAUGAGAAUUCUAUGAAAUAUUAUUUUGCCUUCUCAAAAUACUACCACAGUGCCUGGCUUUGAAAAGCUGAGUAAAUUAAGAUUAGCAAUGUCUUCUUGACGUCGUAUCUGUACUGUAUUCAUCAAAGGUUUCAUUUAGAAGCCACAGAAAUUUUUUAAUUGUAGUGAACACGAUUGUCUUCGUGGCGUUCGUUCUACUCUAAUUCACACUUAGAGAAGCCAUGGAGGGCUUCUUCAGUGCACAGACGCCAACAGAUCUAACUUUCUUUUUUAAAACAAUACUUUAUAAGAAAAAGAAAAUAUAUAUAUAAUAUAAAAAGAAGUAAUAAGAAAGAACUUUCAAAAGCCAACACGAUUAGCUGUGAAAGAGGCGUUUCUUCACACGUAUGUUUCAUAAAACACCACAAUCUACAAAAGAAAUUUCAAAAGUUAAAAGAUAAGAAAAUGUACUAGCUUAUAACGAUUUAUUGUAAGGAAUAUAUUUUUGUCAAAAUAAGCGAGGCGUGCUAAAAUUUUGUUCAUUUAGGUCGUUUCACAUCGUCGCGGUGUGAACGGCGUCAUGUUCAUUAGCUGUAGUUCAAAUUUUAGUUAGAAUUAAAUUCCAUUGUACAUAAAUUUACAGUUGCUUUUGUCAGUUUGUAUUAAUUUUCUAAAUGUGCUUGUGAGAGCUUUUUAUUUGCCGUAAAAAGUACACCAUGAACGGAAGAGAGGAGGAACAAAUCGUAGAAUUCAAAUGUAUAUAGAUAACAGUUCACCAUUGUUUAAUAAAGAGAUGGGACGAGA